AUGGCCGCCUUCAUCCGCCCCUCCUCCGGUGCCAUGAUGGGAACGAUCAUGAGAGUCCCAGCUGUCUACUCGACCAAGUCAGCUCCGUUGGCUAUGACUAUUGCUCGUCAGGCGCAAAUCACACAAUUUCAUAGUUCUGCCAAGAGGCAGAUUCUUACGCCUUUGCCACUGAACGAUGCCGCACCUGUCCCCCACAGUUCCCCCAGCCAUGGCAGCUACCACUGGACCUUUGAGCGCCUUAUCGCCGCCGGCCUCGUCCCUCUUACCAUCGCUCCCUUCAUCGGCGGGKCCCUCAACCCGGUCUUGGACUCCAUUCUCGCCGCCGGAAUUGUCCUUCACUCUCACAUUGGAUUCCAAGCCCUCAUCAUCGAUUACUUGCCCGAAUACCGAGUCCCCAAGACCCUUGCCUUGUUCAAAUGGGGUCUCCGCGCCGCUACCCUGACCGUUGCCGUUGGAUUGUAUGAAUUCGAGACGAAUGAUGUCGGUAUCACCGAGGCGAUUAAGAGGGUGUGGACCGCAUAG